AAAUAAGAAAAUACAUUAUAUAAUGUAGUGUAACAAAUUACAAUUUAAAUAAAUAUUAUAUUUGUUAAUAGAUAUUACCAGUUAAUUUUGUUGUACAAUGGGUUUAUUGUGUUCAAAGACUAAAGGCUUACCACAAGUUAUCAAUAAAAGUAUAAGUUCUCCAAAAGCACCACAAUUAAAAGCACCUACAGUACCGUCAGUACCUAAUGUUGGCGAACUAAAAGUACAACCCAAAGCAUCACCUAAAAAACCAAGCACAGGAGUUGUAUCAAAUAUUCUUCAGACUGCAGCAGGAGUUGCAAUGGGAAAUAUAAUAGGUCAAAAAAUAUCCCGUAAGUUAGACAAUACAAAUAAUAGUAAAGAUGUAGAAAAUCCUACUCAAUCACCAAUUGAGAAGGAUAAAUAUUCAGUUGGUAAUGAAUUGGAAAAUAAAGAAAUUACUGGACAAGAUGAAGAUUUAAAUGAACAAGAUGAAUUAACAGAACACAACAAUUUUGAUGAUGAUGAUCAUAAUGAUGAACAAGAAGAAAGUGAUGAUUAA